AUGAAAAGAGAGCUGGAUAACGAUCCAGUGGUACUGGAAGACUACCUUUCGCAAGACCAGCUACAACAGCUGUCCAAAACGGCACCAGGUCCGGCCGUGAGUCCCGAAUUGGUGCACAAUUGGCAUUUCCAAUACGUGGUAGCAUGGCUUGAAGUCGUAUGUGACACCCAAUACACCAUAGACCAGGGCAAAGCAUUUUACGCGGGCAUUGCUUUUGACGAGAAACUCCUGCUUCAAGAUUUACAUGAAGCCUGCGAAGAUAGCAUAUAUGCACAUAUCCGGAGUCGCAUCUUAAGAACCGUCACUCAGAACAAGACUGUGCAACUGAAAGAGUGGGAUGUGGCCAUCAAGUAUAAUCUGUCACAGCGCAACGCUGCAGUUUGGUAUUCUCAAAACCCUGACACUCGGUUUUCGGAUUUGAGUUUGGUGGAACAGUUUAAAGUCUUGUAUGCAUGCAUAAAGUAUAUUGAACGGCGCAACCAAGGCUUCAGAAUGUAUUUGGGUAAUCAUUUAGCACAGUUCCAGUUUCCGGAGUACCUUUUGGAAAACAGGGUUUCGCUUUUGGUGCUUCCAGGCGGUAAAAUCGUCGAAAAAAGUAUAGUUGCAAGUGAAAACGCAGAACUACGAAUUCCGAUCAAACUUCGCAACUGCUGUGUACGGUACGAGGAUCAGGAAAGUGUGGAAGUGGUGCAAUUGGAUUUCGGACCCGACAUUGACGAGUUUUUGACUCAAAUCUCGCUUGCCUUCCGUGUUGUGACAGGGACGUGGGAUGAAUAUGUUGAAUAUUUGAAUAGUACCACGGAUGAGUCCAUACAACAAUUUCUUGCGGGGCAAUUGCCGGUGAUUGCAGAUGUGGAAUUGAACGGACGUCGAUUGCUGGCGAAUCGCGAACGCGAGAGGUCAAUGGCGGAAUUGCUGGUAAGACGGAAGCGGUCGUCCAGGCUAGUGGCACGCGAAGAAGAUACUAAACGUCGAGAUUUGGAGGCCAGAUGGCAUGAAAAACUCGAUGAACGGGACCAUUAUCUGAGAACCCGCCAGCGCGCCGUGGCAAAGGUCAGUAAAGCUAUCAAGGACUCGAUGUGGCCCCAAUUAUGGGAUAAAUUUGAGCAAGACGUAAAGCUGGAGAAACUAAGGCGCAGAACGUAUGCGCACGAGAACUAUGCUGCCCAGAUGGCUGAAGUGGACGCAGUGGUGUUGGAAAAGGGCGAGAAGUUUUCGCGUCCGCUUAUUGAUAUCGAGGAACCCGCAGACGGUCCACUGAAGGCACUUUCGUUGGAACUGCCCGACGAAGCGGUCAUUACGCAAGAGGAACUACAAGAGUUGGCCAACCAUGGCGUGUCUGUGGCUGAUUACGGUCCGGACUCGCAAGACUGGGUGUUCCAGUGUCCAUGCAACGUGGCUCGCGGCGUGAACCUCAAUGAAAACGAGGCCGUUAAACAACACACGUUGGUAUGCUGUGAUAUGUGUCUACGGUGGCAGCAUUUGGAGUGCCAGCACGACGAAUGGAUCGCGAUGUUGGGAGAGGCACGACAGAAACCCUUGAAUCGUCGGGACUUUGCCACUGCAACGCUGGGACGUGGUGCUGAACGCAGCCAGGGAUCGCAACGCCGCAGCACACGACGCACAGCGGAGCCCGAGUUGCCCUUUGCUACACAGCAGCGUCCUGUCACAUCGGCAAACUCGCUUCCAGAGACCUUUGUGUGUGGAUGGUGCAUGCAGACUUUGGAAGCAGGGCUGCGAGCUGUGUUUGGCCAAGAACUGAGCGAGACUCGCGCAGAACAACGCAAAUUACACGAAGAGCGUGAACGACGCAAGCGAGCUAAGGAAGAGCGUAAGACAAAACUUGCAAUUGAUCCCACACCAGUGAAAUUGGUCAAACCUAAUCAACCGGCAGAUUCCGCGAACCCGAAGAAACCUGCAGAUUCUACAAACAUGAUGAAAACGGCAAAGUCAGCUGUUGGAAUACCUACAAUAAUGCUUCCGUCCCAGCUAUGA